UGUUGAAAUAUCAGUUUUUUGUUUUAAAAUAUUGAGUGGCUCAUCCUUUAAGUGGAGAUUCUUCAGUCCCCUGAACUGAGUACCAGCCAUGUAUGCAUCGCUGUUUGUGCCAUAUGCCAAACUUAAGUCUACUUCUUCUCUAGGAAACCCUGCAAGUGCCUCCUGUCCAUUACAAAUUAGUCCCCCUAGAGUUGUGGUGAGACUUGAAGGCUCCUUUUCAGCCAACUGCACCUCACUAUCUGACCAGAUUGAUGGAAUGGGCUGGGAGUCUCCAUAUGGAGGAUUGGACCUUACCCAGGGUGUCACUUCUCUUCUCUUUUCAAUUGACUCUGUGCCAGUGUGGGAGUUAGAGCCAAUGUGUUAUGUAAAUCUCCAUGAUGGUGAUCAGUGUGUAAAACUGUUACCAGUCACUGUUUAUAAAAUGCCAGACAGUGUGUCAUUGAGACAGAAUUCAACUACAGUGAAAGAAGGUGAACAGUUUGCCAUACAGUGUGACAUUGUUAAUGUUGCACCAGCAAGAAAUCUCUCUGUGCUUUGGCACAAAGGAAAUAAGAUCUUAAAUUCUGAGACAUUUGAUGACUCCAGUCCAUCUCCCGUGAGUAAGUCAUCUGUCCUCACUCUGACUGCUCAUGGAGAUGAUGAUGGAGCUGAGAUCUGGUGUGAAGCAAAACUAAACUUGUGGCCAGGAGAACAAGGUCCUGCCAUGAUGCGCUCAAAGUCACAUAGUGUGACUGUACUCAGUGAGUUUUCAUCACUUGUAAUUGUAUUUUCAUUUCUUGAAGUUUUUCUCUGUUCAUCUCUGUAUUCUGAUACAUUCAUAACAUUUCUUAUUUCGUUAUACUUUUUUUAUUGUCAUAAUAUUUUGUGCUGUGAUUCUCCAUUGAGUAGUCGUCAUGGGACCACUGCUGGGAUUUUAAUUGUUUUGGUGUUUGUUUUAGGGAUGUGUAGUUUGUUGUGUUUGUAUAUAACACUGGAGACAAUGGCUCGUUUUAGGCACACUUUAAUGUCCAUCAAACUGUUUACGUCACACUCACUUCACUUCUCUCUCCUCCUCAUUGUACCCGUUACACAGUAGCACCUUUGGCCCAAAGGAGUGAUGGCAACCACAGAGCACACAACACCCAGAUUCAGUCCACACAAGAUAGUUUAUUACAGACAGAGCAGAAAGACUGAGAAGAUGAGCUGAGAGCGACAAUGUUAACACAUUUCCCAUCUCCCACAGGGGCUCGAACAACCUUCGAGUCAUGCUGGCAAUAGGUGUGGCCGUUGGAGUUUU